AUGAAGUUCUGUUGCCUCUCUUUCCGGCAACCUUAUGCAGGUUUUGUCUUAAAUAGGGUCAAGACUCUGGAGAUUUGUUGGAGUGCUGUGCUGAGCAGCCACCAGUACUGUACCCUCUUCAUCCACAUUGUUCACAGUGACUAGGAAGAUGCCGUCUGGAGGCAGCUGCUGCUGGAGAGGUUGGAGUGCAACCCCAUGCAGAUUCAGGCCUUGCUUUGGGAAGGGAAGAAGUAAGGCUGUGGAGUGAUUGCUGGACUUGCUGACAUUGGGGAAAUUUUGCAGUGCCUGGAAAACAUAGCUCUUGAUGAGGUUGUAGAAGGAAAUCAGGUUGUACUGGCCAAACAGAAGUACCUGACUGCACUUUCAAACCCCAGAUGGUUACUGGAGCCCAUAACAGGAAAAGAUAUCUUCCAGGGAGACAUGCCAGAACACCUGACCCACUUGGGGCAAGAGGACUCCUCACAGGAAAGUUACCAAGAAACCAGCUGA